AACUUUGGACUUGGGGCAUGAGUAUCCAGAAGGCCAAUGUGUGAUCUGUAGAAGAGGAGGACUUUCUAGGUGGUGGGACUGGGCUCCAAGGAUUGGAGUGAGAUCAGGCAGCCAUGAGUACAAGGUGAUGCUGAGAGCAGAGGGGCAUGGCCUGUAGGGUUCUGACCUGUCUGGUACGAGUCCCCUCACGUUCACUCUUCUGGGGAGCCCCAGUGGCCCGGAUGGCCAGUGGCAUGGCCUUGUCAGAGCAGGCACGACUGCUGUUUGAAAGUGCUGUGGGUGCCAUGCAGCCAGGCCCCAUGCUGCAAAGGGCACUGUCCUUGGAUCCAGAUGGUAGACAGCUGAAGGUACGGGACCGGACCUUCCAGCUGCAACAAAAUCUGUACCUUGUGGGCUUUGGCAAGGCUGUGCUGGGCAUGGCAGCUGCAGUGGAGAAGCUACUGGGCCAUCAUCUUGUGCAAGGUGUGAUCAGCGUUCCCAAGGGAAUCUGUGCUGCCAUGGAGCAUGCGGGCAAACAGGAGAUGUUGUUGAAGCCACAUAGCCGUGUCAAGGUAUUUGAAGGUGCAGAGGACAACUUACCAGAUCGUGAUGCGCUGCGGGCUGCACUGGCCAUCCAGCACUUGGCUGAGGGUCUCACAGCUGAUGACCUGCUGCUCGUGCUUAUCUCAGGUGGGGGGUCAGCUCUGUUGCCUGCCCCCAUCCCACCUGUCACCCUCGAGGAGAAACAGAUGCUCACCAAGCUGCUGGAAGCCCGAGGAGCUACCAUCCAGGAGCUGAAUACCAUCCGAAAGGCCCUUUCCCAGCUUAAGGGUGGAGGGCUGGCUCAGGCUGCCUACCCUGCCCAGGUGGUGAGCCUGAUCCUGUCAGAUGUGGUAGGGGACCCUGUGGAUGUGAUUGCCAGCGGCCCCACUGUGGCCAACACCCACAAUGUGCAAGAUUGCCUGAACAUCCUCAAUCGCUGUGGACUUCGUGCUGCCCUGCCGCGUUCCGUGAAGACUGUGCUUUCCCAGGCUGACUCUGAUCCCCGAGGGCCACCCUCCUGUGGUCAUGUCCUCAAUGUGAUCAUUGGCUCUAACACACUGGCACUGGCAGAGGCUCAGAAGCAGGCUCAGCUGCUAGGCUACCGGGCUGUGGUGCUAAGUGCAGCCAUACAGGGCGAUGUGAAGAGUGUGGCUCAGUUCUAUGGGAUGCUAGCCCGUGUGGCUGGAGCCCACCUUACUCCAGCCACAGUUGGGGCCUCUGUAGAAGAGAAUGCAAAACUUCACGAGCUUGCAGUCAAGCUCCAGCUCUCGGACCUGCAGCUGGAGGAGGUGCUGGAAGCUGUAGCAGAGGCUCAGAGCCCAGUCUGCCUGCUGGCUGGUGGGGAGCCCACAGUGCAGCUGCAGGGCUCAGGCAAGGGUGGCCGGAACCAAGAACUGGCCCUGCGUGUUGGAGCAGAGCUUGCAAGAUGGCCACUGGGACCUGUUGAGGUACUAUUUUUGAGUGGUGGCACUGAUGGGCAGGAUGGGCCCACCAGUGCUGCUGGGGCCUGGGUUAUCCCUGAGCUUACCAGCCAGGCUGCUGCCGAGGGGCUGGAUGUGACCACUUUCCUAGCACACAAUGACUCGCAUACCUUUUUCUGCCGCUUCCACGGUGGGACACAUCUAUUAUAUACGGGGCUGACAGGUACCAAUGUCAUGGACACCCACCUCCUGUUGCUGCGGCCUCAGUGAUGGAAAGGGCCAGGAAGACAAGAAUGGGUCCCCAAAACCAUGUGCUUUAGGGCUCCUACCCUUCUCAGUCCUGGCUGCUUUUGGCUCUCUUACCUUUCUGCUCUGUCUUAAUUCCCCACAAUGAGGUCUGUAGAUGGGAGCUUUCUUCCUCCUCUGCUCUCUGUCAUGGCAGUAGGCAGCCCUGAAGACCAGGACAAGCCUUUUGGCCAGUUCACUGUCCCAGUUCUCCUCUGCACAGUCUCUUGGACAAGCCCUUUAACCUGUUUCUUCUGUGGAGUAAAGCUAGAAAGACUGGAAAUAAAAAGGACCACACUAUGGGUUUUCUAUGCAUCUUUCCUAGGUGCAGAGACUUGCAGGGAGCUGCUGGGGAGGGGAGUGUAGUCUGGCUGUAGACAUGGUGCCAGAACCUAACAGGAAUUUCCUGUGCCCCUCUGCUGGGCACAUCGACUUGUUUCAUAUAAAUGGGAGGCUAUGUUGUAUCUUUGGAAACUGGUGCCCAACAGCUUCAAUGUGGGCGAGCAGGGACAGGCCUAAAGAUUGCCACCAGCUGACCCUGCACACCAGCAACUUCUAGUUGCAUCCUUGGCACAGUCCCUCCAACUUUCUAUAUGCUUUGUUGGGUGCCACCUGCCACCUGCCACCAAGGAUAGCCCUUCUGUAUUUGGGCAGCCCUAUUACACUUCCUAGCCAUCUGUUUGUCCAGGAGCUUCUCCAGCCCGCAAGAUACUGGACCUUGUUUUCUUGUUGCCAGCUCCAUUUUCCUAGGCUGAACACCCUCAGGUCCUUCAGCCAACUCGGACACAGUUCUGAGCUAGUGCCAGCCCCUCAGUGGGGUCUCCAAGCAUUGUGACAAUAUGAUGCUUCAGAGCAAUGAGGGGUCCCUUCUGUUAGAGCUAGUGAGAGAAGCAGCAACUGAGGAGAGUAGCAGAGAAUGCUCCCUUGGGCUGGCUGGUAGUCUGGAUUGGGAAAAGAAGGUGCCAGCUCACUUCAGGUCCUCUUGUGCAGUGUCGGAGGCCUCCGCUGACUAUCCUCGCCGUGCGCCACGGCUCCAAUCCCUAUAUGAGUGAGCAAUAGAAUCACAUAGGAAUAAAAAGCCAUAGAGAACAGCGAGGCCUGGGGCUGCUCCUGUGGUCCUGGGCUCUACCUGGAGGCUGCAGGGAGCUCUAGACCAGGGCUGGUGUGCCUUCCUGGGAGGAUCUUCCUUUCCCCACUUUGGUUCUGCCCUGCCUAGUUAGCAGGGGUUCAUGACAUGGGGACUUGGUUCAUGCAAUGCAAGCUGUGGGGAUCAGGAGGGAGGAGAAUAAGGUGAACUGGGCUUAAUGCCAAGGAGGUUUAGCAAAGGGGAGCAUUUGAGCCACUGUCCUGCUGACCUUGACCAGACUCUCAGGAGGUCUUCACAUAUCAAUGGUGUUCUGUCCGCUUGAGAUGUGGCCUCCUAGCCUCAGCCCUCAUCUUCAGGAGUUCAUUAACACAGGGUGCCAAGUUGCAGAAAGAGCAGGGAAGGAGGGCUGUCUUCAGUGUGUGUGUGGUUGGGGGAGCGUAGGGUGGUGUUAGCAUAGGGAGGGCAUCUGUGAGUAGGCGGGCGCGCUAGGCUGCUGUGGGAGCACAUGGGUGCUUCCAGAGCUGCUGAGGGCUUUGUACAUGUGAAGAGUCUUGCUGGAGGCUUCUUCCUGCUACCUUGGGCCCUUUCCUAUAGCAUACAUACAGAGGUGUAUGAUUUGUCGGCUUCACCCAUUACAUUUGCUUACUCUGGCCCCCAGAGAUAAGAAAGUAUUUGUAGGUCUGUGUAAAUGAUAGAUAAAUCCCUGCACUGUGAGUACUCAAAGAUUAUUUGCUCCGUAAAUGUAAAUUAUGAAUCACUAAGGUCCUCCCCUCCUUUUUGCUUUUGGCUUUUGUCUUUCUUGGCUCAGAUUUCUCCCCUCUUAUACCCACUUCAUCACUGAACCCUGAAUCUAGAAUCUUUUGCCCAGAGAGUGCCCAGACCCCAUGCCUGCUUCAGCUUUCAUAGGCCUCUCUGUUCUCUGCGCUUUGCAUGAGCUGAGCAGUAGAGAGCCCUUUGGGGAUAACUUAUCCAAACCACUUUGUCUUACAGCUGGAGAAACAGAGGUGGCUUGUGGGCUGCACAGCAAGCCAGCCACAGAUCCAGGACGAGAACCUGGCUAGAACUUGGCUUUUUGUCCUCUGCCACACUCAAGGGUUCAGGCUUUCUGGGGCUCACCCAGAGCCAGAAGAUACACUUUUGCCUGCAAGUGCUGGGAGAUGGUCACAUGACCAUAUCUGGCUUCCCCAGAGAUCCAAGAAGCAGAUUAGUUGGUCUCUGCUUGGCUUGCAUGGAAAGUUCCAUAUUGAUUUUGUGGGAAACCAUAUGCAGUGAAUGGUGGGGCUCUAUAUAAAGGUGUGUGUUUGAAACCUUAUACACUUCUGUGUGUGGGCAUAGGUACAUGUGUAGGUGUGUGUGUAUCUAGUGCCACCCAUGACCAGUCACUGAGCAGGCCUUUGUCAAGGGGCCCCUAUAGGCUGGCAGAGCAAAGGCAAAUGUGUUCCUGCCAGAUUGAGUUGGUUAACUUUGUGCUGAUAGCGGUAGUGAGUCUCAUGAAGAUUUUGUCAGGGAAUGUCAUCAUGAAGGUGUCUUAGGAUCUUGAUGCUGAGGGUAAUUUCCUUACUAUAGGGGGUGGUGAUAUAGGGCCACGGUGUGGCCCAGCUGGCUGGAGAAAUAAGUGGGACCUGUCAAUUACAAGAUACCCACUGCCAAGUAAUUCCCAGAAGCCCGUGUGUGGAAUUUCUCUUGGUUCCCAUGAGAUGUGGAUGUCAUGUAAGACAUAGACACCAUGAGGAAUCCAUGAUUGUGACUCCUCAGGGUAGCCCACACUGCAUCAGAUGCAGAGUGCAUUUUAUUUUUGCUUUUAUCCUUUCCUUUCUUUGUCCAGCCUAAGUUUCCUCUGCAGAAUUAGUUUUUCCCUCACCCCAUCACCUCUGAAUUUUCAAAUAAACUUUCAGAACUGUU